CUUGCCUGCAUCUUCCCGUCACUCUUCUAAAACCCUUGCAAAACCUCUCUACCUAGAGAGAAAUAAUAACGCAAAUGCCCCAAAUCUCAAAUCUGCGCUUCCUCUUCUCGCCUAUAAAGCCCUCUCUGCCAUUCCCUUUCUCUAAACCCAAGCCUCAUUCUCUGUUCACUGUCCUCUGUUCUUCUUCGAGACGACACCGUACCACGCCUAAUCACCAGUCUCUCCGUUUUAGAAGCAGAAGUAAGAGCACUUUUAGCAGAGAGACUAAUAGCAAGAGCAGAGAAAGGGACAAAGGUGUCCCUAUGGAAGCUAAUAAUAAUGAGACUUUUGGGUUUAAUAAAAGAAGGGCUGAGGGCAGAGAUAAGAGUGAUAAGCCCAAAAGAAAUCUCCAGUUGAAAACUCGCAAGCUUAAUCCUACCAAUACAAUCUCUUACGUGCAGAUUCUGGGGACUGGAAUGGAUACUCAGGAUACUUCACCUUCAGUUUUGCUCUUCUUUGACAAGCAAAGAUUCAUUUUUAAUGCUGGUGAGGGAUUGCAGCGCUUCUGCACAGAACAUAAGAUUAAGCUAUCGAAGAUAGAUCACAUAUUUCUCUCUCGUGUGUGCUCAGAAACAGCAGGUGGAAUUCCAGGUUUGUUGUUGACUUUGGCUGGCAUGGGAGAAGAAGGAAUGUCAGUCAACGUAUGGGGCCCUUCAGAUCUUCAGUAUUUGGUUGAUGCAAUGAAGUCUUUCAUUCCUCAUGCUGCCAUGGUUCAUACAAUGAGCUUUGGUUCUGAUUCUAAGGCUCAGUUUGGUGCAAGUAACUUUACGGAUCCAAUUGACAUUAUUAACAAUGAGGUUGUCAAAAUUUCAGCUAUUCUCCUACGUCCAAGCUGCUCAGAAGGAGCUGCAGUAAAGCCUGGUGAUAUGUCUGUGAUAUAUCUUUGUGAACUGCCUGAAAUUAUGGGGAAAUUUGACCCCGAAAAAGCAAAAGCUCUUGGUUUGAAACGUGGGCCAAAAUUUGGCGAGCUGCAAUCAGGGAAAUCAGUGAAGUCAGACCUCCAGGAUAUCAUGGUUCAUCCAAGUGAUGUGAUGGGUCCUUCAAUUCCUGGUCCUAUUGUAUUUCUUGUUGACUGCCCAACAGAAUCUCAUGUACAAGAAUUAUUGUCCAUACAAUCCCUUAAUAGUUACCAUGCAGAUUACUCAGGUAGCUCACCAGAGAAUGUGAAAACUGUCACUUGUAUCAUUCAUUUAAGUCCUGCUUCUGUAAUAAGCUGCCCUAGUUACCAGAAGUGGAUGAAGAAAUUUGGUUCAGCCCAGCACAUUAUGGCUGGACAUGAAAUGAAGAAUGUGGAAAUUCCUAUUCUUAGAUCCAGUGCUAGAAUUGCUGCAAGGCUUAAUUACCUAUGUCCUCAGUUCUUUCCAGCUCCUGGUUUUUGGUCACUUAAGCAGCUUAACAGCUCAAAGAUAGAUUCUAUAUUUUCAGGCGAGGAUUGUGUCUCAAAGUUCCCUGAAAGCAUAUUGGCUGAAAAUCUUCUUAAGUUCAAUUUGCGUCCUCAUGCUCAUCUUGGAAUGGACAAAUCCAAUAUUCCAAGUUUGAUGUCUCCCACAGAAGUCAUUGAGGAGUUGGUGACAGAGAUUCCAGAAAUUGUUGAUGCUGCUCAACAUGUUCGCCAGUUCUGGCUUGGGUCCGGAGAAACGAAAGGAGACGUGACCCUUGCGCAAGACAAUAAAUUAAUGAUUGAAGAGCCUUGGCCAGGAGAGAAUGCUCUGCCUAGUUGUUUGGAAAACAUAAGGAGAGACGACCUAGAGAUUGUGCUUCUGGGGACUGGUUCAUCCCAACCUUCUAAGUACCGAAAUGUUAGUUCUGUCUAUAUUAAUCUCUUCUCUAAAGGAGGUUUGCUCUUAGACUGUGGGGAAGGAACCCUUGGACAACUGAAAAGAAGAUAUGGUGUGGAGGGUGCUGAUAUUGUUGUAAGAAAUCUGAGGUGUAUUUGGAUUUCUCAUAUUCAUGCCGAUCACCAUACAGGAUUAGCAAGAAUACUUGCUCUGCGACGUGACUUGUUGAAGGGCUUGGCCCAUGAGCCAUUACUUGUUGUUGGGCCAAGUCAGCUUAAGAGAUUUCUAGAUGCAUAUCAAAGACUGGAGGACCUAGAUAUGCAGUUCCUUGAUUGUAGGAGCACCAAUUUAGCCUCUUGGGAAGCUUAUGAGGGCAAUAGUGAGUAUAAGUAUUGCUCAACUACAGGAAGUCCAAAUAAUCUUGAGGAUGUAAACAAACCUACAGUGAAUAAUGAGUCAACCCUGUUUGCUAGAUGUAGCCGUAUGCAGAGCUACUGGAAGAGACCAGGCAGUCCAGUUGACAAUGCGAUGAUUUUCCCAGUUCUGAAGAGUUUGAAGAAAGUGCUCGGUGAAGCAGGAUUGGAGGCAUUGAUUAGUUUCCCUGUUGUACAUUGUCCACAGGCAUUUGGCAUUGUGCUGAAGGCAGCAGAGAGAAUCAAUUCUAUUGGGAAAAUGAUACCAGGGUGGAAGAUUGUGUACUCAGGUGACACUAGGCCCUGUCCAGAACUGGUAGAGGCAUCUAAUGGAGCAACAGUCCUUAUACACGAGGCAACUUUUGAGGAUGACUUGGUGGAGGAAGCUGUAGCCAGAAACCACAGCACAACAAAGGAAGCCAUAGAAGUAGGAAACUCUGCGGCUGCGUACCGUAUCAUCCUCACCCACUUCAGCCAGAGAUACCCAAAAAUACCUGUUUUUGAUGAAACUCACAUGCACAAAACUUGCAUUGCUUUUGACAUGAUGAGUGUUAACAUGGCAGACUUGCCUGUGCUUCCUAGAGUACUUCCUUACCUUAAAUUGCUUUUCAAAAAUGAGACUAUAGUUGAUGAAUUGGAUGAUGUUACUGAUGCUGUAAGUGCAGUUUCUUGAUUAAUUUAUUGGAUAUUUUCAUUA